AUGGAUCUCUUGCUUUUGACAGCUUUGCCAAUAAUCCAGGAAGAUGUGCUCCCGUGGGUCCUGCCAUGACUAUGAGUCCUCCUGCCAUGGAUCCAGCUCUGGCUGCCAUGGAUCCCACUCCGGCUGCCACAGCUCUGGAUCCUCCUGCCAUUACACCAUGCAGAGGCAGCCUGUGCAAAAGUUCACUUACGUGACGCCCUGCUACACCCCUGUGCAGUCCUAUUGCCCCCCUGUGCAGCGUUAUUGCCCCCCUGUGCAGCGUUAUUGCCCCCCUGUGCAGCGUUAUUGCCCCCCUGUGCAGCGCUACUGUCCCCAGUACACCAAGAACAUCUGUGACCUGCCACCGAAAUGCCCCAAGUACUAA